AUGCCUUCUCUCGAUCUCGAGCUCGUUGCUCCCUCCGCCCACCAUGUCGAUAGUCACGAAAAGCGUGACGUUUCUAAUUUUGCAGGACAUGCCCUCCUGUCAGCGACUUCAUUUUCAACCCUGAUCAAUGUGACCCAGAUCCACGUUCGGCUUAUUCAAGUUCUGACAUCUACAACCGACAGCAAAAUCACUCGGCGGAUUUUGUGCCCUUCAUUCUGCAGUCGAACGGACAAAUCGACCCUGCGAAAUUCAAGGAUUGAACGAAUCCUUCAAGACGUUUCUCUGCCGAUAUUGCCUAAAGAAGGAUUUGAGACUGCCCUGGGGAGACUUAUCUCAAAGUCUUCCUUUCGUUUGGACAUUCCAACGAAUAUACCCGCAACGACACCAACACCUCUUGGAACCGUCAGCUACGUGAUAGAAGUCAGGGCAGCGACAUCAAAACAUGGGAUUAUCACUCACCGUCGACCCUUAAAGAUCAACCGCCAGAUGAUUCAGGCCGAUCCGAAACAGACUCAGCAUCGCCUAUGCUUCCCAAGCUCGAACGCCAUACAAGGAAUGAUCCUCUCACAAAACUCAACACCGCGGUCUGGACCAAGGAUCUCAUUCAUGGCGACAAUCCAUACUCAUUGGGAGACAGCCCCGGCGGAUCGACCAACAGAGCUCCGCCAUCUUGUGGUGCGAGAGCUGAGGUGGCAUGCUGAAGAGAUAGUCAGGAUCAUAAGCAACCUUGGCAGCCCCGAAGAGAAAUAUUCUAUCUGCGAGCGAGAGUCUGUCCGAAAGUUGUGUGAUGGAAGUACAAAAGGGUGCUGGGGAUCUGGUCGCAAUCAAUACGUCAAACAGCCACAUGGACAGAAGGUCAAGGCAAUGGAAGGAGAAAAACCAGCGAUUCGCAUUCCGUUUGAUUUUACAAUUACAAAACGGGCAAUGGUCGUGGAUGACAUUGACCUGGCCGCAUAUGAGACCGGCGCCGAGGGGUUCGGCCAAGCCCUAUCUUGUGGUCUGCCCUGGGAAGAUUAUCUCUAUUCACCGGGAAGAGUGACCAAGGGAAUCACUGUUCACCAUCAGUUGAAGAUUGAACUUGUUAUGGGGGAAGACGUGUUUCAUAAAGGCACUGGCAAGCUUGUGGAACGGAAACGGCCGCGGACUAUUGUCUGUCCUGCAAUUCCGUUGAGUGUUUCUAUGGUAUCUACCUAG